CUGGCAUAUUUUAGAGAGGGGGAGAGAGAGAGAGAGGGAAGAAAAAAACCAUCGUCACCAUCAUCAUCAUAAUAAUAAGGUGGUCUGGUUUUUUCUCUUCUCGGAACAGUUUGAUGAGGUAAAGCAACAAAGACGUUUCAGGGAGGUCGUAUCAUUUAAGGAUUUAGAGAGAGAGAGAUAGAUAGAGAGAGAGAGAGAGAUGGUGAGAUUGCAGUGAUUGCAUGGCGAGCAAUAGAGUUGCGCAGCCUGGUUUUUCAGAACCAGAGAGCUCAAAUCAGAGUAUGGUGUACGAAGUUCUUCAUGGGGUCACUCCUCCUCAGCCAAAUUUCAUUGAACAACAUGGAUCUGCUUAUGAUUUUGGGGAGCUGGAGCAGGCCCUCAUGCCCAAGGUUUUCCAUGGAGUAGGGUUAGGAGCUGAUGGAGACAGAAAGCGGAACUGCGAUGCUAUUAAUUUUGCAGCAUUCUUAGGCGUUAGGCCUCCAACUCUGGAAAUCUUCCCCUCAUGGCCCGUGAGACCUCAACCACCACCAACCAGGGCCAACUCUCAGUCGGCAGAGAGUACAGAUUCUGGGUCUGCGCAGAACACGGGCCCCUGGAAGGCAGCUGAUGCACGCUUUGAUCAAGAAUCUCCGAUCAGUACGAAAGGGUCGGACCACUCUGAGCACCACCCGCAGGGAGAGAUGGCUUCUGAUCCUACCAGAGCUCCUUCUUCCACCGCACCUGCUCCCAACAGUCAAUUCAAGCCUCUGGAGAAGAAGAAGGUUACUGCCUCAAGUUCAGAGAGAGAUGGCUCCAAGCAGUUGGAUGCGAAGACUUUGAGACGGUUGGCUCAGAAUAGGGAGGCAGCAAGAAAGAGUAGACUGAGAAAGAAGGCUUAUGUACAGCAACUAGAAAACAGCAGGAUCAAGCUGAACCAGCUGGAGCAAGAACUGCAGAGGGCAAGAUCGCAGGGCCUUUUCCUAGCCGGAGGUGCUGGCGCGAACCUUAGUUCAGGUGCGGCAAUCUUUGACAUGGAACAUGCAAGAUGGCUGGAAGAAGAUCAGAGGCAUAUGUCGGAGCUCCGGGCCGGGCUGCACGCUCACCUGCCGGAUGGCGAGCUCCGGGUGAUCGUCGACAGCUGCCUCGGCCACUACGACGAGAUAUUCCGGCUCAAGAGCGUCGCCGCCAAGGCCGACGUCUUCCAUCUCUACUCGGGCAUCUGGACGACUCCGGCCGAGCGCUGUUUCCUUUGGAUGGGCGGAUUCCGGCCAUCUGACCUCCUCAAGAUUCUUGUGCCGCACUUGGAGCCAUUGACAGAGCAACAAUUCCUGGGCAUCUGCAGCCUCCAGCAGUCGUCGCAGCAAGCGGAGGAGGCGCUGUCGCAGGGACUCGACUCGCUGCAGCAGGCGCUCGCCGACACGAUCGCCGCCGGCUCACUUAGCCAAGGGCCGGACGUCGGGAACUACAUGGGUCAGAUGGCCAUAGCCCUCGGCAAGCUUGCUAACUACGAAGGAUUCGUGCGACAGGCUGACAACUUGAGGCAGCAGACACUGCACCAACUUCGCCGGAUUCUAACAAUCCGGCAGGCGGCCCGGUGCUUCUUGGCGAUUGGAGAGUACUACACCCGCCUGAGAGCCCUCAGCUCUCUCUGGUCCUCUCGCCCUAGGGAGAUAAUGGUUCCAGAAGCACAUCCUGUCGCAACCGCAACUGAACUUCAAAUGGUCCAACACACAGAGAAUCACUUCACCACUUUCUGAUGAUGAUGAUGAUGACAAUGAUGAUAAUACUGCGCAUGGCGACAACGGAGGCGAUGCUGAUGGCAAUGAGGACGAUGAUGAUGAUGUACUUGAGCUAAAAGGGCCAAACCAAUAUCAGUUAACCAGAGAAUAUGGAGAGUAGGUGCCAGUCAAUGGGACAAGGGCAGGGAAAAGAUAUGUCAUAUUCCUUUGCAGGAUUCCAUUCUUGGGAGGGUGGAAGAAGAUUAAUACACGACUUAUCUACAAGCACAUAGAGAACGAGAUGUAUUAUUUGCCACAUGGAGCAUGAAUAAAAUAGAGAGAGAGAGAGAGAGAUAGAGUUUCCUUUUUGGAACUGAACUUCUGUCCCUUCUGCUUUCUUCACUGUUUUAGAUUAUAUCAAAGGAUAACUACUGCAAGUUGAUGCCUCAUGGGCCUCAGGAAUUUUGGAUGGUUGCUUAUGAAACGCCUUUGUAUAGCGGAAAUUAACUAAGCUUGUAGCUUAUCACAUCCUGAGUGCCUUGUCGAGUUUAGGCUCGGCUUUUUGUAUUAAUCGAACAGUUCAUGAGACAAUUCAAGCAAGCUAUGAUCAUUAAUUAG